AACCUCAGAAUGGUCUGACGCUGAGACAACUUCCUGAACUUAAAUUUAAACGGUGAAAGGAUUUUGACGCAGUUCAAGCUGUUCGAAAGAAGGGCCUGCAACCCAGCUUCGGUUUGGCACUAAGACGUUCAGAGUCAAUGAUGGCCAUGACUAACAGACCUGUGCUAAGGCUACUUCUUUUUUCACUACUGGCCGUGAGCAGCUUGGUCUCCUCUAGCCAGGAUGAACUUAAACAUUCGAACUCCACAAAGUCAAAUGACACAACCGGACCUGAAAUUCAAUCUACUAUAGUUCCAAAGGUCCCUGUAACCCAGACGGCAGAGGGGAAUGAAGAGAACUUUGGUAGAAAUGUUACAACAGCUCAUCAUGCUUCAGAAAUGACCACCAGUCAAAGCUCAAAGGGAAACGAAACCUUUGAAGGCUUCCAUUCCAGUGAAAGAACAGAGAGCAACACCACCAAGGUGGCAGGUAUUGAAAGUCCUGCAGGUAACGAAAGCUCUAAUCAGACUGAGUCUCCUGUGAGAAACAGCAGCUCUGGCCCCAUGUCAUUACCAGGAAGUUCUGCUCUUACAGUGGAGCCCAGAGUGGUAACCAACAAGCAGGCCACGCAUUCAGCUGUUGCUGUAGCAACAACCACAAGUAGAUCCCCCACGCUGAGAACUGUUUUCCCGCCUUCUACCACCAAGAAACAAACACCAACCAAGGGCACAACCACCAGCAGUGAAGUCAUAAAUGAUCAUAUUUGUCCCACCGAAGCCUCAAAAAGAGAAGGCCUUGUAGGUCGUUGCCUCAUCGCCAUCGCCUUGCUGGCCGCCCUGGUGACCAUCUUCAUCAUGUCCACUAUCAUUUUAGCUACAAAGCUGGCGGCCAGCAGAUACAGGAACAGGGAGGGUCUCCUCCAGGAGACGGAGAUGGUCUGCAUUUCGGCCCUCAUGAACGACACAGAACACCCCAUUCCCAAGCCGAGACACCCCAAAAGCAAUGGCGCCUUGAUCCCUAACACUGAGGACGAAGAUGGGGAUGAUCUCACCCUCAACAGCUUCCUGCCUGACACAGAAGGUGUAGCGUAGAGGUUGCCACAGGUGCUUUCUGUAUUAGGCUUCUGUCUGUAGUUUGGUAAAUGGACAUGAUUUUCCUCUUACCCCAAACGCAAGUCGAUCAGCCCAGACAUGUUUGGUGUCUGAAGUUUGCUUCUUCAGUUUAGCUACAAGGAUAAUGUAGCUAACAGGUAAAGGAAGCUUAUAUCUCAAAAAUUAGUCCAUCCUUAUGUUCAAGAAGAUCUCUGUUGGAGCUGGGCUAGUUUUACCUGGGGAGGUGCUGUAAUUUGAGUGAAGGAGAUUCAUUAUCUUCGAUUAAUCCAGUAUGAAUGUCCAGUGUCUGUUAUUUUUACAGUCUGCUAAGUGUUAAUUAUGGAGAGAAUUACUUUUAGAAUUCACUGAACCUGGAGCUCAUCGUCAUCAGGAAAUAGAAUAGAAAGCACUGCCUCCAUUUUUAUUUUCUAUUUUGCCACCUGAAGAUGAGCCUAACUCCUAAAAUGGAGCUUGACUUCACCCAGUUCCUUAAUCUGAAAUGAGGCGUGAAGUCUCCUCCUUCGUCCAGUGUUGCAUUCUGGCUUUUUAUUUUUUACUUUUGUGGUGCCAUAGUUGCCAUUUAGCUGCACACCGUGUUUGGAAGCAUGGCAUAUGUUGCAUAACAGACAUGAACGUCCAUACAAGUCUGGAAUGUUUGGGGUCAUUUGGUAAAAUUACAGAAAUUCCUGACAAAUUCAGUUAAAUUGUGCACAGAUUACAUUACUGGACCUCCUCUGGUAAAACAAAUCCUGCUUGAAUGGGGCUGAAGUGUGUUUGAGACUGCUUAACAAUGAGAUGAUUUGCCGUAAGUGUGAUGUUUUAGUUAUGCAGUUUGCGCAGUGCUAAUUUAUCAGGUACAAGCUUCCAUGACUUGUUAGGUACAUUGCAACCCAUUAGCCAGUUGCUUAUUUCAGGCAUUAUUUCAUGUAUACAGGCUGAAUAAUUUUACAACAAUCCCACAGUGAGAAAUACUAGAUGUAUUGAGGAGACUUAAGGUGGUUUCGUUUGCCAAGAUAUCGUUUUUUGAAGUGUGCAAAAACUAAAGAUGCACUCCAAACAUGUCUUGGAAAAUUGAGUAACUUAGGUUUUCUACCAAACUAUUGGUUUGAUUCUGUUUGUAAAAACCUGCAAAACAAGGGUUUGGGUCCCUGGGAAUAGGGAACCCUUGGAAAUUGUUGUGGCUCCUUGUUUAUCCAAUCACUCAAGACAGUGCCUGAUUGAAUGAGGAAGAUAAUGUUGCACUUUUUCCAUCUUCCACCCCUCCAUCAGCACAAGUUGGUGGAUAUUUCUUUAAACCUGCCCAAAGGAGUCUGUGCACCCUCAAACUUGAAAGUGCUUCUCAGAAAUGCUUCACCCAUAUUGCAGAAAUUCCAAAACGUCAACUGAGUGUAGGAUCUGCAGGCGGGCAGUGCAAUGCCAAAAGCUAAAAUGUGUUGGCGCACCAGAAGAUCCGAAACUGUGCUACACCUACUUUUUACUCAUUUCCUUUUCACUGGUUCAUAUGACUCGUCGUUUCCUUUCCUGAACGUUUAUAAAGGCUUCGGCCCACAUGAGCGUGGGGUGUAGAGUCAGCCACAGGAAGCAUCUGAGAGCAUGCUGUACUGAUGAGAGGAAGAGGAAGUUGUCUUCUUUAAACAAUAUUUAGUGCAUGGUUGUGUAUGAAGUGAAAACCUGCCUAGCAACUGUUACCAUUAACUGUCCUGCUCUUCUCAAAAGCCUGACCAGAUUAGAAUGUCUUAGUAAUACAGUACUGUUACGUGAUGUACUUCAUAAAUGCACAGUUUAUGCUUUUAUGAAUUUAGAAUGGACUGUUUAUAGUCAAGUCAUACACUGAUCAGCCUCACUAUUACAUCAUAACUGCGCUGUACCUAACAGGCUGCCUUACAGGCAGUCAUAAAUUGUAAUAAUCUCUGUUGCGCUGAAAUGUUAAUUAGGCAGUGUUUCCAGUUGCCUUUUUUAAAAGACACGGCAGAUGCUGCGUUCAUAUCAUGUGUAUGUGUAUAUAAACAUACAAUCACUUGAAAAUGUACAGUACUGUGCACCCUUCGUUUAUGACGUUUCCAAUCAAAAUGGACAUUAAGUACAAGUUAUUAAUUGUUCAGUGUCCAGAAAAAAAAUGAUUGUUUUUAAAACAGAAAAUGACAGAAGGGCGUGAACAGCUAAAUGUGUAUUAUCUUAUAUCUGUUUUCCUCAAAAUAUUUUGUGAACAAAUGAAUAACUUGUACUUCAUGAUGGUUUUGACUGGAAAUUAAAUCUCUGACUGGUGGUCUCUGACUUUUGCACAGUACUAUAUAUGUAUUUAUAGCUAUAGCAUGCAGUGCAUCUGAAUUUGGUGUGUUGCACAUAUUGACGAGUUAGCUAGAGGAAGUUUAAUUCAAUCCUGUUUUCAUCAAAAUGUGUUGGCUAUAAUUUUGAAGAAACAGUAUUAUCAAGUAUUAUCAAGGGAGACACUACAGGCGAUUAAACCAUCAGUAUCACAGUAAAUCACUGGCUAUUGAGUACUGAUAUUCUUACCAGUGCUUUUUGAAUUUUAAGUUUUCCACGCAUUGAAAAUGUAGAUAUGCAAAUCAGAUGUUACCUAAUUAUAUAUGUAUGAACAUCCAAAAUUCUAGCUUUUGGCAUUUUCUUGAUGCUAGUAUUUUACAGAGCAGAUUAUUGGAAUCUCAUUGUUUUAUGGUUAAUCGAGAAAACAUUAUGCACUGACAUUAUUAAACAUUUUUCAAGCUAUUUUGCAGGACAAAAUCCCAGGCCUUCUGGCCUUCUGCAAAGAACUACAAAAUCCUUUUAUAAUAUCCUUUAGAAUAACGUUAGGAAUGAACACGUAAAAUGUCUUGAAUGCAGGUGUCCUUGAAGUUGAGAUUUUUGGUUCUGAAUGUACAGGAAAACUGGUUUUACGAACAGGCCUCUGAACCACAUUAGCCAGUGAGCUUUCAGAAAACAUGCACCAUUUGUGGAAAAGAAAUAGGUAUAUUUGGUUAUUAUCGAAACAUGCUUUUCAGUGAUAUAUUGUUGUACACAAAAGUUUGUGCACCCUUGGUCAAAUGGCAUUUUUUUCUAAGUGAAAAUAUGUUUGUAUCCUCCACAGAACACUUAAAUACAACAUUUUUUUCAGCAAAUCUUAAUGCUGUUUAUUUGCUGAAUUUAACAUAUUGGGGGGAAUAAAACUCAAAAUGUUGCCGUGCACAAGUUGUGACAUUUUAUAUUUGAGGUUUUCUUUUUUUCCCUACCAUUUUAAACUCAACAGUAGUAGAAAUUGUGCAUUCAGAUUUGCAGAAAAAAUGUAUAUUUAAAUGCGUUCUCUGUAGAGGAUGUUUUAUUUCCACUUAGAAAAUCAACAAACCAUGUCAUUUUAAUGGGGGUGUUCAAACUGUUAGUCUACGAUCACAUUACCAGGCUGAAGUGGCACAAAUCGAGUUUUUGCCAUAAUGUAACACUGAUCUGAUUUCUUUAGAGCUGUGUGGACACAAAUCUGAUCUUUUUGAAAUCAGAUCUGAGCCACUUUCAUAUGUGCUCUUAGAUUCGAUACAUACCUGAUUCGUGGCCAUGCGAUCUUAAUGAGAACGUUCAGAUCGGAACCUUUUUUUUCACUGCGUAUGCGACGUUGUUCAGCGCUAACAAGGCAGCAGCAUGUAAUCAGUAAACGGUAAAUCCAGUGAACGCUGGCUUUUCGGCCUUUGUCUCACACUAAUAAUAAACAACUGAGAGCUGUUUAGAAUGGAGAAUUAAGCAAAGAGGCCAGUAACAUGAACGUGGCGUUAAGUACGACUAUAUGUAGCGUGGAAGGUGGAGGCAGAUUCCCAAAACACAUUGAAAUAAAUGCAUUUCUACUGACAUUUUUAUGAUUACACUUUUGAGGAAAGAGAUGCGAUUUAUUUUUAAAAAUUAAAACACGACUGAUGGUCCCAAAAUCGUCAUUUCUGCCUGUAGUGUCUUACCUUAAAAACGUUCAGCUAAUGCUGCAUUCAGGUGCUCAUCGGAAGUUUGUAGGUACCAGCUGAUAAGCUAGUAAAUACAACUUCACCCUGUUUGGGUGCUUGUUCAUAGAUAUGCCCACCACAUGGAAAAAAGAAAGCACAGAGGUCUGGAGAAUAAAAUCCUGCUUUUUCUUUGCCAUGUUAAAAAGAUCUAACAGAUCUAACAGAAGUGGAUCAGGUAUAUAUAUUUGUUCACAUUCACAAUUUUGCCAUUUUUCACACAUAGAAAAGGUGAAAGUAUGCGUUAUGCAUCACACCUUGUAAACUUGUGUGUCAUCUACAAUCCCGAGUUUACCAGUUGUUGACUCGUUGGCUGUUCAGAUGCAGUUUACAAGUGGGAAAAUUUAUAUUUCCUAGUUUCUGACACCACUUAAAUGCAGCAUAACACCUGCCAUUUGGUCAAAACCAGGUUAAUUCUAAAAGCGGACUAGAAAGACUGAUACAAUCUAAACAGGUUACUGGCUUCUAAGUGCAACAGUGAUGCUCAAAUGGGCAGAUUAAAUUCACAACUGACUAUAAAAUGUAUGGCGGCCUAUUAGGUGCAGCAAGCAAUCGUACAUAACAAAGUGGUCUGAAUGUAUAUGCAGUCAUGUGCAAACGUUUGGGCGGCCCUGUUCAAAUUACAUGCCUUGUUGAUUGGAAAACGAGUACUUAUCCUCUAAAUAGAAGACACUUCUUACUGUUUAUUUGUUAGAAAAAAAUCAAACACAAAAUGU